AUGUCUGCCGAGUACCAGGGCCAGAACCCCCUCGACAUCGCCAAGCAGGCCGAGCAGGACCUCAACUCGCACCGCGCCAAGUGGGGCCACGACGAGGGCUACGACGGCAACAGCGGCCGGGGCGCGGCUGUCGAGUCUGGCGUCGAUGCCCGCGCUGCGGAGCGCUUCCCCGGCGGCAGCGUGACGAUUGGCUCGGCUGCGUCGGGCGCUGGAGGCAACCGCGAGAUCCCGUUUGAGGAGGGCGGAGAUAUCCAGAAGGGCACGGGUCGUCCCACCAAGGCCCGCGACUUCGAGGGCUUUGGCGGCCCCGAGGACAAGGCGCGCGCGUAUGCUAAGGAGCAGGGCGGCGCCGAUAGCGUCCGUGGUAACAUUCGGCAGUAG